UUUCCCAGAAUGCCUCACGCGAAGCACAGCGCUGGCAGCCUCAAGAGGUUUCUGCCGCGCACCGUGCGGAAUAAAGUCAAAACUCCCGUCGUUUUGUGUGCAUACAGCGAAGAAACGAAGAAAAACUUCAUUGGAGGAGUUCCCACUAUGGAGCUACAUCAAUUAGCAAUCGUGUUAAUCUAAGGAGUCCUCUCAGCUCAGCUACAUUCCCUCUUAUGGUUAUAUAAAUCUAGUGACGGAGAAAGGGGGCUUUAAGUGACAGAGGAAUUAGUAUUUUGUCCGGCUAAUAACGUUGGUGUGGCGACAGUUCAGGCGGUUUGCUUCUAGUAGGUUAACGUUCGCCCUAGGAACAGAUUCCAAGCGAGGGAAUAUAUCAACAUCUACCCAAAAGUGGAGUGACUUAUUGGGAGAGUGUCGUUGGUCUCCCGCGCCCUUGGAUUACUGCUGCUAAAGUUACCCGGCGGUAAGGUGCAGCCACGCCGGGGGAAAGGCACAGCGCGACGGCCGCUACUCUCCGGCUAGCUCGCCUGCUGCUUCUGUUUCUGGAAUCGAGGCCUUGUCGGUGAGGCGACAAUGCUUGACAUAAUGUCCGAGCAUCAAGAUUCACUUUUGACGUGCAAAACAGAACCCUUGCCCCCAGAGAGGAAAAAGAGGACUGUCGAAGACUUUAACAAGUUCUGUAGCUUCGUCCUUGCCUAUGCUGGCUACAUCCCCAGUCCUAAAGAGGAAAGUUCAUGGUCCCCAACAUCAUCGAGUUCUGCACAUAGUUCAGGGUUGUCAGUGGAUGGAGGUGGCGGAGGCAGCAGCUCCACAGGCAAAACUUGGGCAGAUGGAAGCUCAGAUAUCCACACCAUCCAUACUUUUGUCCGUAAGGCCCGAGCCAAUAAGGGCAAAAAUAUCCGCCGCAUGCACUCUGAUAGCACUCUACUGGACAAGAUGCGCCUGAAAGACUCCUUAUAUGAGAGCCAGGCAAGCAGUAAGACAGAACGCAAGAAGGACAAGAAACUGAAAAAGCUGUCGCUUGGUUCUGCCAUGACGGCAGCAGAUAGUGGCAGCAGCGAAGGAGAGAAAAGAGCACGUAUUAAACGCAGCAAAAACUCAAAACAGCCCAAAAAUAAGAAGCUCAAAAUUUCGACUGCUCAAAGCGAGACAGACUCUGAGGCACGGCACACGCAUGCAGAGGUUGGACCUGUCAGAGACGGGCUUGAAGCACAUGGGGGCUCUAACUCAAGCAUGCAAGGGCUGGGGAAGAUGCAGCAAGAUGAGUCUAUGAGGGACGCAGAGAUGAGCUCAAGUGAGGGAGAGACAUGGAUUGCAGAUGAAGACAUUAUGGUGGAGUCAGGUGAUGAUUCAUGGGACUUGAUCACCUGUUACUGUGGGAAACCAUUUGCAGGACGGCCAAUGAUCGAGUGCAACCAGUGUGGUAUAUGGGUGCACUUAUCGUGUGCGAAGAUCAAGAAAUCCAAUGUUCCCGACAUCUUUUACUGUCACAAGUGCAGGGACUUGCGGCGGUCGGGACACAAAAAAGACUCUUAGACAUGAAGAGGAUGGGAGGGACAUUUCAGACUCCCCUUGCUUUUUGCUGUCCUCUGAGACUUGUUUUCUUUGAUGCCUACAGCCAAAACAGCCUAAAUUAUCACCUGGAUGGUGACUGUAUAGUCACUUUU